AUGGUGAAAGGUGCUAUGUCGCGACACACGAACCUUGAUCGGACGAUGAUCAUGCGAUCAUUUAUUUUGUGUGCCAUAUUAUUUGUGAACGUUCAAUGUCAAAAAGACAAGGAAGGCGCGGAGUACGUGUGCCCGGAAGGCACGCAAGGCAAUGGAAAUUUCGCAGACCCUGCAACGUGUAGAAGAUUUUAUCAGUGCGUUGACGGUUUUCCAUACUUAAACAGAUGCCCAUCGGGGCUGUAUUUUGAUGACAUCAGCAAAUAUUGUACUUUCAAAGUUGAAGCAAGGUGUGGUCCAAUUGCGACAACCCCAGCACCCAUAACAGAAGCCCCAACUGAUCUUGCGACUCGCUGCGAGCCGGCUGACUGUCAGCUACCUUAUUGCUUCUGCUCAAAAGACGGUACACUCAUACCUGGUGGACUGGAGCCUGAGGAUACACCACAGAUGAUUAUGCUAACAUUUGACGGCGCGGUCAAUUUGAAUAAUUUCGACCUAUACAAGAAAGUUUUCAACGGAAAGUUGCGCAAUCCCAACGGAUGCCCGAUUCGGGGCACUUUCUUCUUAUCUCACGAAUACAGUAACUACGCUAUGGUACAGAAACUAGCGCACGAUGGACACGAAAUGGCUACAGGCACGAUAUCACAGCAGCAAGGCCUACAAGACAAGGGCUACGAAGAAUGGGCGGGUGAAAUGAUCGGUAUGCGGGAAAUAAUGCGCAAGUUUUCAAAUAUAUCAAGGUCAGAGGUGGUCGGCGCGAGGGCACCGUUUCUCAAGCCAGGACGGAAUACGCAGUUCAAGGUCUUAGAAGAUUUCGGCUACAUAUAUGACAGUUCGGUAGGAGUUCCACCACUGGCGAUACCAGUAUGGCCGUACACGCUCGACUAUAAAAUUGCUCAUGAGUGCAAGGCUGGUACAUGCCCCACUAAGUCCUUCCCUGGUCUAUGGGAGGUGCCAUUUAAUGCUCACUACGUGGCGACAUACGAAGGAGGUCAUUGCCCUUACUUGGAUCAAUGUGUUCUGCACAAUCACGACUCUGAUGAUGUAUUGGACUGGCUUCAAGAGGACUUUAGGCGAUACUACGAACAAAACCGCGCGCCUUAUAUGAUGCCAUUCCAUACAAAUUGGUUCCAAAUUAAGGAACUUGAACGCGGUCUACACAAAUUCCUUCAAUGGGCGAGCGAACAAGAAGACGUGUGGUUCGUAACUGUAACCCAAGCCUUAACCUGGAUAACGGAGCCUCGUUCAGCGUCAACCCUGAACAAUUACGAGGCCUGGAAGUGUGAUAAAAAGGAUCUCCCACCAGCAGCGUGCAACAUUUCCAACAAGUGCGCGUUGCCUUUCAAGCACCCAGACACAAAUUUCACAGACACCAGAUAUAUGGAAACCUGUACUGAAUGCCCUAAUCAAUACCCGUGGCUCGGCGACUCGGGCGGAACAGGCAUACCCGGGAAGGACAAUUACAUACCCGAUAAUCUUAAGUGA